AUGCGCGGAAAGAAGCUAGGUACAUUUCUCAUGAACAAAGUCGAGGAAUACUGUAAGAAAAUGUUACGUUUGGAAAUGGUACAUUUAUCCACGAAAGGCCAAGAGGACUUCUACUCUAAAUUAGGUUAUGUCAUUUGCCCACCAAUAUCAAUAUAUGGAAACUAUACACCAAUCUUUGUAUCGUCAAAUAUGGAUAAUCAAAAUGACGGUGCAAUAUCAAAAGCGAAUAUCGAUACUGAUGAUAUGACGCUUCAUCAAUCACCUCCACCCCCACCCCCACCCCCACCGAUGCCAAAAUGUGAUAUUAUUAAGAAAGAUAACUCUUUAAAGUCUAAUAAAACUUUUAUGUUUAAAUAUUUACUUUAA